GUGGCGUGAGCCCGCCUCCGCCCGCAGCGAGCGGGCUGUAAAUGGGCUUUGACUACAUUUUCCGUUCGUGGCAAACUUCCUGUACCCCAGAUUAUUACCUUAAAUGGUUUAGGCUCGUUUUAUGUUAAAACAGGCCAGUUCUAGAGAGCAUUGGAAGUUUCUAAGUGUAAACCGUUAGAAACGUAAAAAACAAAAAAAAAAUGUAGAAAAUUAAUAUGAUUGGGGGAAAUGAUCCCAUUCCAAUUCGCCGGGCACCUCAGAUGAGAGCUGCACCCAGGCCAGCACCUGCAGCUCAGCCACCAGCAGCAGCUCCCCCAUCUGCUGUUGGCACACCUGCUGCUGCUCCCCGUCAGCCAGGCCUCAUGGCCCAGAUGGCAUCCACUGCAGCAGGUGUGGCUGUGGGCUCUGCUGUUGGACACACAAUAGGUCAUGCCAUCACUGGGGGUUUCAGUGGAGGAAGUAAUGCUGAGCCCGCAAGGCCUGACAUCACUUACCAGGAACCUCAGGGAACCCAGCCAGCAUACCAGCAGCAGCAGCAGCAGUUUGGCCCAUGCCACUAUGAGAUGAAGCAGUUUUUGGAGUGUGCCCAGAACCAGGGUGACCUCAAGCUUUGUGAGGGUUUCAGUGAGGUGCUUAAACAGUGCAGAUUUGCAAAUGGAUUAGCCUAAUCAAGAAGUUCAAAUUAAAGGCAUGGAAAAUCACCUCUCCUGACCAAGUUAAUUUAAUACAAAAAUAUAAAAGAUAGUGAAAUGCAAAGUAUAAAGCUAUCAGCUAAAUUUAUCACUAAUGGCUUCAUUACAAUGGAAGAAGGUAUUGUUAGAAGUUCACUGAAAUGAAACUGAGUUUGGGGCUGGGGAAAAUGUUUGACUUUCUUAAAUCUGCUUUUGUGGCGUUACUGUUUGUGAAUUAAAAUAAAGUGAUUUUCUUCCAAAAUGUGUUGUUUUUUAAA